AAAAAAUAUUUUAUUUAUUGUUAUCGAUGUCAGAAGUGCAGCGCCGUGAUCAAGUUAUCCUGUGAAAUAGUGCAGAGCAGACACUGAGGCGUAUCUGUGUUAAAGUUCGAAGUUGACCAGAGGUGGCGCCAAACAUGAUUCACGUCAAUGGACAUCCGUCUUUUCCGCAAAAUUGUUGGGGCCAUAGAACUUUUCACUCUGCUCAUUGUAAUAAUUCUCAUUCCACGGUGAAGUUUACAACUUCCAAUGGAGUCUACUCUGCUGCACAGAAGAUUCCACCUUUCUCUUGUUCUUCGAUACUGACCGCGGCAAGCUGCAAAACUACAUCUGAUAACUUUUUCCGCAAAAACCGCGAUGGCUUUGGACUAUUCUUGACCAGAGAGGAAAAAGCAUUUAUGAAUAGCCAAUUCUGCUGCGUUUCAUCUUCAACUGAAAAUGGAAUCGCCUUAAAGCCAAACCAUUCCACAGCUGAGACGUACCAUCACUUGGGCCGAGACUGUGGCAUUGCAGACUCCUGUUAUGGCAGCACAAGGCGUGGCCUAAUGUCUUCCCGCAACGAACAGCUUCCAUUGACAACCAACUGCAAUCACGAAAUUACGAACCUCUGCAUGAAGGUGUGUCAACAUUCAACAAAAACGACGUUUAAUAAAGUCACCAAUCAACACAAAGAAACGGGCAAGAGCUGUACAGCAAAAGAUGGUUCGAUCGAGGGAUGUGCCUCACCUGUUAGACAAACGGAUGGUAUCCUCACCAUAUCUCAGGCCUGUCCUGAUGUAAUGGAAGGUAGUGUCUUUCACAGCUCACAAGAGCAGAAGCCCAGCAUACCAGGAGUGAUAAAUCAGGAGCAUUGUCCUUCUUCAUGCCCUUCGCAAAAGCCAACACCAAGUCUUAUUUCAACAUGCAACGAAGAAGAGAAAAGACACAGAAUUUGCUCCGUCAACUUUUGUUAUUCAUCAGCUGAUGGAACUCAAGGAAAACCAGGAAAUGGCAUGGGACGCGCUGAUUUUCUCUCAUUUAAACGAAAUGCUACAACUGCUGCAGAUCGUGAUAAUUAUCCCGAACAACAACGCAAGAGACAUUGUUCGGGUGACGAUGUGCUCGGAAUUAUCAAUGAUCAGGUAUCUAGCGAGGUUUCUAAUCCGAAAGAUGCUUGCAAGACGCCUCUAAGUCAACCUCACCCUGACAAACGUUUGUAUGGUAAGGACACAAGCCUUAAGGUAAAGAGAUUCGGCGAACUUAGCCGAUUGCCUGAGAUGACACCGUCACCUAGUCAAGUGAAGGCCAUCACUUCCCAAACGUUAACUUCCGCCAACAACACUUUUGGCACUUUCACGUCCAGUGUUCACGUCAACCAGUCAUACGAAAUAAAAAAAUCGCUUGAAAUUGGAAAUUCGCCAAAUAGAAUCAGCGCCAACAUAACCUCUUCUGGUGCCCUCACUUCUGAUAUCGCCAUUACUUCCACCAACAGCAAAGCUAGGAGUAACAAGAUAACACCAACGAAUCAACCAAUCAUAAUUGACCUAACCGAUGAAACCGAAAACAAGCGAACCAAUUCAGAAGUAUGUCGAUCAGGUGACCAAGAUCCAAAUGAUGCAAGACUUUUCGAGCGUCGAAAAGACAUCCAUGAAAUUAUUAACACAGCGAAACCAAUCCAGCGUGAUUUGUUGGAAAGUGACAAAGCACCUUUAAAAAGUGGCGUUGCUUUCGAUCAUGACUCUAUGCCAAGAUUAAUCGAGGUACUUCCGUCGGCUACUGCAAAUGUCCUAUCGAGUUUAGUACAUUGAUUCGCCAAUGGGAGAACUUUCUAGUUCAGUUCUUGGCUUUUACAACUUGCAAGACGAGUUCAAACUGCAUGGGUAAAAUUUAUAGAAAAUGUCCUCUUUAAACAACUGCGCACCCCUUUGUGUCUUUUCGUUGUGUGACACAUGUCCUGGUCACGGGCAAACACUAAAACGAACGUCCCGGCUGAAUUAAUUCAGAUGGUUCCCAACUGACCAGUGCAACAUAGCAACAGAGUUGGAUUUUUCAUAGCAAAACGCUCCAACUCGUUUAUCUCUCAGUAAAGUAAUUAGUGGCUAAAAAUAUAACUCAUAUCAUUUAAAUUGCAGUUUACCCUUAGUCCCCACCCGCCCCUCCCCCCUUUCCUUUUCAGCGUGAAGAUUUAGCGAGCCUCAGCAAAUGAAAUUGAAAGAUCAGACAAGCAGAUGAUAUGUACAUAUAUAGCUGAAUGAGGUAAUUUUUUUUUUCGGAUGAUGAAACGUACUUUGUCCAGUAGUAAAUUUGCUGUCUCCUUAUUUUUCCUUAAAAGUUUUCGUUUAGUGGCCUGGUCAGUUACAAUUUUCAAUCAACCCGACCGCAGUCUGGCCAAGUCUUUCAGCGAAAAAGAGGCAAUAUGAACCAUAAAAACAGAAGUAAUUAGGGCUACAGUUUAAAAACGGAAUUGUAACUAUCGAUACUUAGUCACGAGUCUGAUAUUUCAGUUUCUUACGAAAAUCAGUUCGAUUUCCUUUUCUCACCCAGCUUACUGCUAGAAGUAUAGUAUUACGCCACAACUCGGUUUUUUAAUUAAAUGAACAUAGUUACUUUCCAUGACUAUAAUCAGCUAAACUACUGUAACCGUUAUCGGUGCGAAAACUAUGUCGUUUGAAAAUGAAAAUUUUGUCAACUGUGGAUAAAUAUGAAAGAGAGAUCUUACAGGAUCGAUGUUCUCCGUCUCUCUCGAAUUCUCAUCAUUUAUCCACUUCAGUUUCGUUCGGUUCAAUUGUUCACGAGGCACGUGUCAAAAGCAGCGCUUAAUUUUAGAAAGAAAACGGUGUCUUAUUUCAGUUUCAUGUUCGUUAUGGUAAUAUGUUUUCAGUAAUAAUUUGUAAAUACAUGGCUUCCCGCGACUUCAGAUAGAAGGUAUGUUUUCAGUCGACGUUCGCCCUGUGGCUGUUGAGGUCACAAUCUGACCCAAUCUUCGUGACGAGGAAGCGAGUGAUUCAGUCACUUGAAAUUUAUUCAACAAUUGGGUUUGAUGCCUAACUCUAUCAAACUUCCGUGAGAAAGAUAGGCUUUUGAAUGAAACCAUUGACUCUGGCGCGUGGAAAUGCAACCACUCCCAAAGGAAGAGAAACAUCCGUUUCCAAGUCCUAAGCGGACAAACGAAGGGCCUUUCCUCACGUGCGCCUUGAAAAAAGAAAAUUCCCCUAUAAAAGAAAUUUUUCACAAUUUAUCCAGUUCAUUUGAUCCACCUGUCAAAAGGUCUUUGACUGACAGCGAACACGAUAUGGCUCCGUAUCAUUUGAAACGUUUCAAACAGACUGAGGAAGAUUUAGCGUCCUUGGAAAAUGGUGGUAGUAUUUCACCCUCAAAUAAAGCGAGUUUGCAGCAGAUUGUCAGUGAAGUGGCUUGUUCGCUCGAAAGGAAUAACUCUGUGCCAUCCGCGUCGUUUCGGAGAAAGAAAACAUUUGCCUGUGGAACCUCCAAUGCGACAUUACGUUCCGUUGGUAUUAUGGAUUUAAAGCGACAAGAGAAUGUCUUUGAAAGUUCGCCUCGAGUAGCUGUGAACGCAGCCCAGGAAAAUCUGGAUGCUUUACCAUCUUCAGCCAAUGGCCAAGUUAAAGCAGCUCUUCCAGUUUUUAGAACACUGAAUUGUCGCAGCUCCAGCACAAAUAAAGGUGUUGCAAUUGAUCAUGAAUUCUUUCCUAAACUUGUCGGGGUACACUCAAUUCAAACAUCAUCGGCGUUUUCACCCCAGAAAGGAGCAAAUACCCAUUUUGACCAUGAUUAUGGUUCACCACUGCCCAAUGAACUUUUACAAAAGGAAACUGCAGACGACUGGAACUUUGGAACUCUAAAUUACGACAGCGAGACGGAGGGUGACAUAGUGAGUCCUGUUUCACCCAAAGCAUUUCCCCUGCCACGAUCUAAUCAAAGCCUAUCAUCUGAUGAAUCCAUGGUUCGUAGAGACUCCAAAUGUCAUACGCAGGACAGGCUAAGAGCAUCACCCAUAAUUCCUCUUGUUCUUACUACAAGCAUCUCUUCAGAUGUUUCCACAAGUCCUUUGAUGGAUGCAAAUCACUCAAGUCGACGUGAAAAGGCGACGUUGCCACGAAAAACUUCCAAGUCAGUCGCUGAAAUACCUACCGCUAAAAGUCUUUUAUCCAGCUCACAGGAAAAUCGUAAUGCUUCUCUGCUCGCACAAACUCGUCACUAUUCAAGAAAAAGAGAGAUUGCGAAAAAUACAGAAACAUCCUCGGCACCCUCUCUUGUCAGCUCGACAUUGAUGUAUUCAAAUAAGAAGCUGAAUCCCCGUGAGUCUCCCACAAAUAUCAAAUCUGUCAAUAAGCAAGAAGCUGUUGACAUCCAUCGAAUGGCUGCCAGCAGCCCGCCGCGUAAACGUCACUGUCGUUCAAGUUCACCUUCCAAGAAGCCGUACGACCUCUUGUUCAAUUUUAAAAAACCAAAUGGUAGGAGUGAUUUGUUUCUCGUUGUGAAAGAUAAAGUGUUUGCGGUGGAACAUUUUGACUACGAAGGAAGGUCAUACUUGAUUCAUACCAACCAUAAAGGGAAGAGAGCCAUUCUUGCUAAACUUCCAGAAGCUGAAAGACUUAAGUUACAGAUUAAUGACAGAGGAGCUAUCAGACAUGAGCAGCAGACGGAUCAACCUGCGACCCUACAGCAUCCUGCUAAGACCUCUCUUUCUGUAGCAGCACUGCAGGAUAGCCUCUAUCACGGAGACGCGACAGAUACAGUUUCUUCUAUUUCUAGUCGCCAGCUGGAUUCAGACACGAUUUACAGAGUAAUGAGAGAAGAGAACAUGCAGGAAAGAGCAAAAUCGCUGAAUGAAAAUGGUGCGAUUUUAUCCAGAGGUGCACUUGUCCGGAAUGGUGGUCAGAUGAAAAGCCAUUGUCAUCCCUCGACGAUGUCUUUGCAAAAUAAAAGGCUACUACUAAAGCAAGUGCUAAAUGGUAUAAGGAAAGAGAUAUCUAAUCACAAGGACACUGUGUUCGUUGGAAAGCACAGUCUUCCACAGGAAUCUACAGAUACACUAGCAAACGAUCGAGGUAUUUAUGUUUUCAGUACCACACACUCCACUCCCAGAUGUGCUUCCACUUUGUCUGGAAGAGAAAGAAACCUACAAAGCAUUGUAAAUCCAAACAAUUUGGAUAGAUAUCAAGAAUUUGAUGCACUUUACCAUCAACAGCAAUACUUAAAUACUGAAGUGAAGAGUUCAGCCAGGAAAAUUCAUGCAGUUGGCAUUGGGCAGCAAAAUUUCCUUGAGAAUCAACCUGCGAAAGAAGCCACCAACGAAAGGUUCGCUCUUGGAAACACUUUGCCACCUGGGACAUUGCACCGAAGCGAUUCGAUAAAUUUUAUCGCUCAUCGAUAUGACUCAAACGAGCAUGCCUUGUCAACAUCUGGUUCCGUGAACAAGCCAUCUGAAGAUACAAAACAGAUUUUCAGCCUGAGCAAGACAAGUGCAAACGACGUGAUCAACGUCGCCAAACCUGGUGCUUCCGGUCGCAUGUACAUCUACGAGAAGUCGCCACGUAAUAGGCAAUUUCGACAGCUUAGUAAACUUUUGUCAGAAGACAGCCAUGGAAAAUGCAGCACUAGUGCAGCACCCCCGGCUGGAAAUAGAGCUGUGGAAAGUUCCAGAGUCGCACAAGCUUCAACUCCUUCCGAACCAGUACCAGUCCUUUUGAGAAUUCCUAAUGAAGUGCCGGAUCACAAUGCCAAGUUUUUUAGGAAAAGACCAAGCCCAGACACCAUUAUCCAGCAGCGUGCCGUUUUAGCCGACACCUGUCAUUCACUCAGACAGGAAUGUUAUAAUUCGAAGACCAUACAGCAACUCCUGAAUGGACGAAAUGAGGCAUUACGGAUGCAUUCAAAUCAAACAAGACAAGGUGAAAAUGGACUCUUUCAGUCUUGCGUUGCUGCUUCCACCGACUUCCUACAAAGCAGGGAGUGUCCAUGUUACAAUACCAGUGCUGCUGGUGAGAAAAAUGUUUUAGUUCACACAGUAUCGGAGGGAGCCACUCGAAAGACCCAACAGCCACUUGAAUGGCAACCUAGGCGUGCCCACAUCAGUUUUCAGCAAAGAUACCUUGAGGAUGCACUAAAUCGAGGUAUCACAGACGUCGCUGAUUCAUGGGAAGUUGCUAAACCAUUGGACGCCGAGAGAAAUACGGCAGGCGACAACGUCUGGGAAGGAAUGGAACUACAACGUGGCAACUAUCAGAAGACUUGCGUCAGUAAUGGAGCAGUACCAGAAAGUCCUAUGGGAAUGUCUAAGCCCUACAAUCGCAACGGAGAUAAUUUCGAGAAAACUGAGGAUCCCACCCAAAAAAAUUCUCAAAAUGAUCUCACACUUCGAGAACAGCUAGAGAAAGAAAGUCCAACCACUAGCAGACAAACAGUGAAAGAAAGGGGUAAAUCGAAGAAAAAACAUUCAUGCUGCCCUGAGUCAAAGGUGGAGAGAAACUUGUCUCACGUUCCCGGUACGGCUGACGUUAUUGUCAUUGAAGAUGACUGAGAGAUCAACUUUUUUGGACAAAAAUCUCUUGAAAGGGUAUAUAUUUAAAACUUAAGAGUUCAAACGUUAAGGUUAAUUGUAAAAUUAAAUUUUCAAGGCCCCUACAGACUUUUCAUGCCUAAAAACAAACAUAACGCGCUCGAAGUAAAUAGAGUAACUUAAUCAUGCUGAAAAAGUUUUAGCUGAGAAGAGAAUAACUUCGAACUGUGGUACAAUGUUUGUAACUGUUUUUUAUUCUGACAUUUUAAAUGAUCUAAGUCUAUGAUUUAACAUAUUACAAAGAUAGGUGAGUAAAUCUUUGUUCCUGUUUUAUUUUUAAACUUCUUUACAAUAAAAUUGUAUGGAAAGUACAUAGAACAUAAUUUAAAAUGUGGUCACAUGUGCAGUUGCCAAUUGAACAUUGAAACCCUGCUAUAGUGAUUGAAAAAUGUGAAUAUUAAAGUAGUAUUUAUUGGUAAAACGUAA